AUGCAGAACGAACGUGGCCAAGGCGUCUCGCACGCAGCGGACUCAAAGCUUCCCGAGACAGUCCAGUCAAAGGUUCCUGCAAGUGUCGAGCACAACGUCCCAGACUCUGUCCACGACACUGGCGCCAACCCACAAACCGGCAAGGUGUCGCACGCCACCGGAAAGUCCAUCGUCCCACAGGCUCUGCAGGAGGGUCUGCCUGAGAAGGUCGAGAAGGUCGUCCCCAACAAGAUCCAUGAUACCAAGGGCGCCACCUUCUCUGACGGAUCUGUUGGGAAGUAG